UUUUAGGUUCAUUUUCCAUCGCUCUCUCGUUUCCUCCGACUUCAGAUCUAGGGCAGAAAAUUGUGCUGAAAUUAGGGUUUCUUGAUGGAGAAGAAGAAGUAUCCGAUGCGAGCGGAGGAUUACAGGCUGUUCGAGAUGGUAGGGCAGGGGGUCAGCGCUUCUGUUCGUCGAGCGCUCUGCGUCCCGUUUGACGAGGUCGUCGCCAUCAAGAUCCUUGAUUUCGAGAGGGACAACAGCGAUCUGAAUAACAUCUCUCGCGAGGCCCAAAUAAUGCUCUUGAUUGACCAUCCCAAUGUGCUUAAGGCGCACUGCUCCUUUGUGAAUGACCAUAACUUAUGGGUUGUCAUGCCUUAUAUGGCAGGAGGAUCUUGUCUUCACAUAAUGAAGUCUGUGUACCCCAAUGGUUUCGAGGAAGUUGUCAUUGCUACAAUACUACGUGAAGCAUUAAAAGGUCUAGUUUAUCUUCAUCAUCAUGGGCACAUACAUAGAGAUGUAAAGGCUGGCAAUAUCCUAGUUGAUUCUAAAGGUCGGAUUAAGCUGGGAGAUUUUGGAGUUUCAGCUUCUCUGUUUGAUUCGGGUGACCGGCAACGCUCAAGGAAUACAUUUGUUGGGACACCUUGCUGGAUGGCACCUGAAGUGAUGGAGCAACUUCAUGGUUAUGAUUUCAAGGCUGACAUAUGGUCUUUUGGGAUAACUGCUUUGGAACUUGCUCAUGGCCAUGCUCCCUUUUCAAAAUACCCUCCAAUGAAGGUCCUUCUUAUGACUUUGCAAAAUGCACCUCCAGGUCUUGACUAUGAAAGGGACAGGAAGUUUUCGAGGUCUUUUAAACAUAUGAUAGCUAUGUGCCUGGUGAAAGAUCCUACAAAAAGGCCUUCUGCUCAAAAGUUGUUAAAGGAGCCUUUCUUCAAACAAGCCCGAUCUCAUGAUUACAUAUCACGUAAGAUUUUGGAGGGGUUGCCUACUCUUGGUGAUCGCCAUCAAGCCUUGAAGGAGAAGGAAGAAGAUAUGCUUGCACAAAAGAAGAUUCCUUAUGGGAAAAAGGAAGAACUAUCACAGAAUGAAUAUAAAAGAGGGAUCAGCAUCUGGAACUUUGACAUAGACGACUUGAGGACUCAGGCUUCACUGAUUUCAGAUAAUGAGGAAAACAACCCUAGUAAAGAUCGAGGAGGAAGUUCAAAUUCAUUGUUUGAGCUUGAACCAGUGCAAGAAAGAAUGUCUACAGAAUGCAUGACUUCUGCUGCUAGUUUCUCCUCAAAGGAUGAUGACGAUAUAGAAAGCGACGGAGUGCAAAUUAAAUCACCUCCGCCUUUGCAACUUGACCUGGAUAAGUUCUAUCAGAGAACCAAAUCUGAUGUAUCUGACUGUGAUUUUAAAGUUGCCGAACCAAAUUGUUGUGGUGAUAUGCAAACUGAAGUGCAGCUCCACCGCAGUGAUAGAGAGAAUGAAUGCAGUGGAAGUUGUGAAUUAGAGAUUGAUGAGAAGAGUGUCGAUGUGAUGCCUUCUCAGCGUUCUCAUGAGAAGAGGCUAUCAGCAUCUUCUUCAUCCUCAGAGCUCUGUAACCCUUCUCACGAACGGCGAUUCUCCAUAAGUUCUUGCACAUCAGACAGUUUCCUAUCGUCUAAAGGAGAGAGUUUGAAGCAACAAAAUCUACAACAGAACAUGGGCAAUUGUAAUGGAGAUGUGUCUCAAACAGUAACUGAGAUGCCUGCUGAAUCAGUUUCUAAAGCAUCCAAGUCAUCAGCGUCAACUUCCGACGACCUUGAUGACAAGUCUAAACCUCCAGUGGUACAACAAAAGGGACGUUUUAAAGUAACGUCUGAGAAAGUGGACUUAGAAAAGCUGGCUAUUCCAUCUAUUGGCCUACAAAAGAGUCACAGCAUGCAGGUGAUUUCACAAGUUACUUCUCCAACUGUUCCAUCACCCUCAGAUGCUACGCCAAUUGCCGGUUCACUUUUUCAACAUAUGCUUUCAAUUCUACAGACUAGUACGCUUCAAAAGGAUUAUGCUCUUUCCGUGAUGAAGCAACUGUGCACUGGUGAACAAUCAGUUAAUCGCUCAGCAGAUGGGCCGUUGGUAUCAGUAUCUACAGUUUCCUUGUUGGAAGCAGUAAAUGAAAGGGAGAAAGAGCUGCUGCAAGAAGUCACCGACUUGCAAUUGAGGAUUAUAAGCAAAGAUGAGGAGAUACAAAAGCUCAAAGCUAGACUCGCCCAGGCCAACAUCAUGUAGAAAUCUGACAUCCAAGCCCACUGUUGCUUGAUGCGAACCAAGGAGGCCAGCAAUUAAGGUAUGAUGCAGAAAUCUGGCAUCUAGUCUCAUUUUGUGCAGUUUCAUCCACAAUAAUCGCUUGGGUGUGGGAAAUACGAAGCAGCGUCUGUAGACGAAGAAUGAGGAACUCCAUAACACCUACAAAUAGCCGGUGAUCAACACCAUCAAGAAUGAUUAUAAGGUUUAGAAUCUGUAGAAAAUGCAUGAGAAUUUCACAACUCCAUCCAGGGCAUUUAUGGACCUAGAUAACCUAUGCAAGCAUAUGUCCAUCUUGUUAGAUCCUGAACAUGUGCUUUUCCUUGACUUUAGAUUUAGAUUCGGGAAUAACUUUAGAAUCUUGUUGCUUAAUAAAACAGUUAAAGGACCUCCAAGAAAUAGGAAAAAGAAUCAUAGUUUAGAGGUUAUAUUGCUGUAAUUUUGAACUCCUAUAGCAGGUGGGAUAAUUUCGUUGCUGCCGCUGUUCGACUUUUUAUUGAAAGCAGGGAAAAGUGUGGGUUUCAGCUGCAUUGGACAUGACUCAUGUGUUCAUCGCGAUAUUUCUCAUGAAACAUUCUUAUAAUUGUUUGAAUCCUUUUCUUCGGCAUUAAGCUGCGGGAUGUUUAUAUAGACAACAUUAUCUGACUGAGAUGAUACUUUUGUGAUUUUAAGUAACCAGCCUGAAGUAUAUGCGGAAAUGUGGAUAUUUACUAAUAAAAAAAUAUAAGCAAU